UUUGUUGAGAGAUGUCUGCUCACAUUUCUUCAAAACCCACUUUAUCUUUCACUCUCUCCUCUCAAUUUAUUUCAACAGGAAAAGAAAAUCCCGCUUCACUUUCAUGGUCUUCUUCUCUACCAAAGCUGAAUCUUUCCAUCACUACUACUUCCCCGUCAAGCCCUUUGAAUCUCCUUCAUAAGCAGACUUUUGUUGUUGAAGCUGCCUGGACUCGGAGAUCUCGAAGUGAAGCAGCCAAAAAGCCUAACAGAAAAUCAUGGAAACAACGGACAGACAUGUACAUGAGACCAUUUCUACUCAAUGUUUUCUUCUCAAAACGAUUUAUCCAUGCUAAAGUGAUGCAUAGGGGAACCAGCAAGGUGAUAUCUGUGGCAACAACCAAUGCCAAGGAUCUUCGGAACACAUUACCGUCUCUUACUGACAACAAUGCUUGCAGAGUAAUUGGGAAACUUAUUGCAGAACGGUCAAAAGAAGCUGAUGUCUUUGCAAUUGCCUAUGAACCUGACAAAAACCAGCGGAUUGAAGGCAGACUUGCAAUUAUUCUUGAUACCAUCCAGGAGAAUGGUAUUAUUUUUGUCUAGACUUUUGCUGCUGCUUUUUGGCCUUUCCUGCCACUGCUCCACCAUCUCCGCAGAAUGUAACUUCUUUCUACUGUGGCUUGAAGUACUGUAAAGGCAUAUGAAAUACGGAAGAAUGUUUACUAGAACGUGACGAGGAAGUAGAAUUAGUGUAUGACAAAAUGCAGCAUCCAGGAUGUACCUUGCUUUGAUUUGGAAACCUGCUGCCAUUCUUAUUGUACCUCUUCCUCUGAUUGUUUAUAUUGCAGGCUACAACCUUGCUAUGGAAUGAUGAAGAAAAGAUUUCUUUCAUCAAGUUUUCUAGUUUUACAUAGAAGAGGAAGUUUUCUUCCCACCUUAUGCAUUGCAAAAGAAAUCACAGGAGGAUGUCUGGGCGUUAUAGUUUUUCAGCCGAUGGAGUGAUGACUGAUGAAAACAUUGUGUAGAGGCAGAGGUCUUUACCAGAUGCCUUCUUGUUGUGGCAGCCCAACAGGAGAAAUGUAAACAAGAAAAUGAACAUUCAAGCUUGGAAGCUUAGAAUGUGAUUCAGGCUUCAGAGUAUUAUUGCUCAUUUUUGCAACUGAUGGAGCGAGAGUGCUGGACUAUUUGCAUGCCUCUUCAGGGUCUGAAAUUCAAAUUUGCAUUUUGUCCUUUA